UCCAAAUGUGACAUUUAUUGCAGUAACAAAAAAAUAGCUUCAUUUUCAUUGUUGCUAAACAAAAUUUCACAUUCCAUUAUCUGAGUCAUUCAGUUUUAUUUUUGGCUCAUUUAUUUUCAUAUGUUCAAUUAUCUUGAUUCUCAAUUAUCUGGACUAUUCAGCCGAGUCCCCACAAGUCCAUAUAAUCUAUGUUCGACUGUAUAUUAAAAAAUGAGUUUACAUUGUAUUGAUGCAUAAAUUUGUAUUUCAGACCUUGUCAUGACUGAGGUUGUCAGCUCAUUUGUUGCGGGGCACUCAGGGCAGUGGCGAGAAAAAUGGUGGACAGACAUGUGUCCAAGUGCACAACCAACGUGAUUUUAGUGCAGAAUAAAGAAGCCGACAAACAGCCAAAGGAAGUGUAUGACCAACUUCUUGCACCAUUUUCUGAGGAAGGGGAUCUCAUCUUUGACAUUGGCAGUGGAAAUGGAAAUGGAUUUUUGGCUGGAUUAAGCAUGAAAAGGCCAUCAGGUUACAUUGACCAGUGGACAGAUGAAAAUGCUCAGUGGCAUCUCCUAGAGGAU